CAGGCGGCGAUGUAGGAAUAGUCCGCGUCAGCAUGAACUUGAAGCAACUCAAUAACAAAAGAUCCACACGCCAAUUCAAUCUCCACUAAUACUGGGGAUUGAAAUAAUAGGAUUUCUCAAUCCCAGAUUGUUUUUUUUUUCCUUUCUGAAUACCCAAUUAAAAGUCUUUUCUUUUCUUAUUUAUUCAAUUCAUUCACACAUUCUUUACAUUGGGGGACUGAAUAAUUUGAAGAAUAAAUUGUGCUGCAGCAGACCAGUUUUUUUUGCAGCACUUGGCAUAAUCACGGGGUUGUGAUAGAAUCGUCUGAAUCUUAAAAGAGAGAUCUGUAACAGAAUGAGGACUCUUAUUCGGGCCGCGAGGGUAUUUAGGCCAGCUUUCAGGUCUAGAGGAAACAUCAUAUAUGAGGGCUCGUCUACAAGAAGAGAUGUUUGGUUCAGAAUGGAUCACCGCGCUAUAUAUAGCAUGUCCCGUAGUAUAGAUGAAUUAUGUCAAAGUAGAUAUAAACACAUGAUCCAUAGAGCUACUUUAUCGACCGAUGUAGCUACAUUGAUGAACGGAGAACUAAAUGGAGGAGGGCCUCUGCUAGAAUACAAGCGUAGGAUAGCUGCUGGUGAACUUUUGGAUGGAGAUGUUUGCCAGCUAAAUACCCUGGCAGAGCUUCAAAGACUGUACAAUGAGCUUGUUGAAAAAGCAGAAGCUUGCCGAUUGGAUCGCUAUGCUACUUCUGAGAAAGCUGGGAGGAGUAGGUGGCUGUGGUCACGUUUUACACCCCAGUCUUCAGAAGCACCCGUGAAAGGACUUUAUCUGUAUGGGGGAGUGGGAACUGGAAAGACUAUGCUGAUGGACUUAUUUUUCAAUCAGCUUCCUUCCAACUGGAGGAAGAAGAGGAUCCAUUUCCAUGACUUCAUGCUAAACGUUCACAGCCGUCUACAAAAGCACAAGGGAGUGUCAGAUCCUUUAGAAGUUGUUGCUGGAGAGAUAUCUGAUGAAGCAAUCUUGCUAUGCCUUGAUGAAUUCAUGGUGAAUGAUGUUGCUGAUGCUUUAAUUCUCAAUCGUUUAUUUGGACAUUUAUUUAGCAAUGGAGUUAUUCUCGUUGCUACUUCGAACCGAGCUCCGGAUAACCUCUACGAAGGGGGGCUGCAGAGGGAUCUGUUUCUUCCAUUCAUUGCUACUUUAAAGGAAAGAUGUGUAGCUCAUCAAAUCGGUUCCUCCGUUGACUACCGGAGAAUAUCAUUGGCAGAGGAAGGUUUCUACUUUGUCGGUAAGCAUUUGUCAGGCCUUCUCAAGAAAAAGUUUCAUCAAUUAAUUGGUGAACAGACAGCUUCUCCACAAGAGGUGGAAGUUGUCAUGGGGAGAAAAUUACAGGUGCCACUGGGUGCCAACGGCUGUGCUUUCUUCCCUUUUGAGGAAUUAUGCGACAGGCCUCUUGGAGCCGCAGACUAUUUUGGGCUGUUUAAUAAAUUCCAUACACUUGCACUCGAUGGCGUGCCAAUUUUCGGGCUCUCCAAUAGGACUGCAGCGUAUCGGUUUGUCACUUUAGUAGAUGUUAUGUAUGAGAAGAGAGCUAGACUAUUAUGCACUGCUGAGGGGACUCCAUUCCAACUUUUCGAACGGAUUGUAACAAUAGCUGAUGCUCAACAUAUGGCACCGAGGACCUCUUCAAGAUCUAGGAAAUCCGAUGACUCUGACAUUUGCGUGGACAACGAGUUAGGUUUUGCCAAAGAUCGCACCAUUAGUAGGUUAACAGAGAUGAAUAGCAGAGGUUACUUGGAGCAACAUGCAGAAGCCUCGAUAGAUGGAUAGAUCUACGAGGAGCUUAUUUAGAUCAGCUCGGCCAUCAUGCCAUCUUUUGAACUAAUCUGCUAACCUUUCAAAUUAGCCAAAAACAAGCAAGAAUAAAGUUGAUUGAGUAUGCAGACAUGGUAAAGUUGAAACAAGAUUUCCUGUAGCUUUGUCUUUUCUUAGGAUUACUGGCUGUAAUCUGAUUGAAGUGGUUUAUAGAAUAGGUAGUUGUCAGUUGUCUUGUUCAAACAUAUUGAGGCUGCAAAUGUUUGGUUUUAUAAAAACUUUAAUGUGUUCAACCAAAA